AUGCUCCAAGCCGGUUACAGCAGUCACCAGCCACACACAUUGCCACUUCCGAUGUCACAGCCACCGAUUCCGGUUAGUGUAAGGAUGCAGCAGAUGCAGCAAGAGCGAGAACGUCAAGUAGCAAAGCCGUUAGAAUUGCAAGCAAGGCAGCAGGCACGGUUGAUGCAGCAAUCACAGCCGAUACCACAAUUACAGCCAGUGCAACAAUCACAACCAGUGCAACAAUCACAACCAAUGCAACAAUCACAGCCGGUGCAACAAUCACAGCCAGUGCAACAAUCACAGCCAGUGCAACAAUCACAACCAAUGCAACAAUCACAGCCGGUGCAACAAUCACAGCCAGUGCAACAAUCACAACCAAUGCAACAAUCAUCAUCUCAGCUACUGCAGCUGCAAUUCCAACCCCAGCAGCAAUACUUGCAACCACAGAUGGUGGUACCGUACAGAACUCCGUACACCUACAACUACGGAGUCCCGGUUCUCCCACCCCCUCCAUACCCUGCCCCCGGACAGAUGGUAUAUGGAGCUCUGCCUGCAAGAAGAUACUCGGAGCAAUCCCUCGGUAUUUCCUCGGCAGGCGUGCCUUUUCGCAGCAUAGUCCGCAAGCCAGGAUCCGAACCCGUGCCUAGUAUUGACGGAAAGCAUGUCAACAAUCUGCAACGCUCGGAAUCAAAACUGUCGGUUGCAUCUGUGAACACACAGCCGGCAGUUUCGGCCCAGAGGCCGAUCACCAGCUUUCCGAUCACCCGAGCCUCGUCCACAUCUCAAACACAACUGCGAACUUCGCCAAUCCAGCACUCGUACCAGUCCCGGCAGCUUUCGCCGUACCCGUACCAGCCAUACGGGGCAGAUGGGCCGUACAUGCACCCCGUGGCCUACGGGGCUGCCCCGGACCCUACUACGCCUACACCGGGCAGCCCCCGGUGCAGCCAGGAUACGCCUCUCCGCUCUACGUGGGCCGCGGAAACGUUUACCCCGGUGGCCUGGUGCCCGGCGGCCUGCAAAGAGUCGUCGUCCCGCCCUCCGGCACCCCGGCCGUGGCCGAAAGACCAAGAACCAUCUCAAAAAGAAGAUCUACCACCUCCAGGAAAAAUAGAAGCUGCUCCAUUUGCCAUAAAGUGUUCAACCCCCUUUGUAUGCGAGUGGAAAAACUGCGGCAAACGGUUUUCCGUCCGCUCCAAUAUGCUUCGCCACAUGCUGAUUCACAGGCGUGAGGAACGCCGGAAGAAGAUCCGGAAUAAGGAUUCUCGGCAGCCCAAGAAGGAGGCAGCUGCCGAAAAGAACGGGAAAAAGGCUUUAUUGGACUACGCUGCAGACGCAAAAGCCGCCAGAACUGAGCACUGA